CGUAGGCUGUCUCCUGCCGACACCAUCUGUCAUUGGCUGAGAGCGAGGUGGGCGGGGCGCCGAGGAGCCCGAGGAAGAAGGCGGCGGCGGCGGUGGUGACUGAGCGGAGCCCAGUGACAGGAUGUUGGUGUUGGUAUUAGGAGACCUGCACAUCCCACACCGGUGCAACAGUUUGCCGGCUAAAUUCAAAAAACUGCUGGUGCCAGGAAAGAUUCAGCACAUUCUCUGUACUGGAAACCUUUGCACCAAAGAGAGUUAUGACUAUCUCAAGACUCUGGCCGGUGAUGUUCAUAUUGUGAGAGGAGACUUCGAUGAGAAUCUGAAUUAUCCAGAACAGAAAGUUGUGACUGUUGGGCAGUUCAAAAUUGGUUUGAUCCAUGGGCAUCAAGUUAUUCCAUGGGGAGAUAUGGCCAGCUUAGCCCUGUUGCAGAGGCAGUUUGAUGUGGACAUUCUUAUCUCGGGACACACACACAAAUUUGAAGCAUUUGAGCAUGAAAAUAAAUUCUACAUUAACCCAGGUUCUGCCACUGGAGCAUAUAAUGCCUUGGAAACAAAUAUUAUUCCUUCAUUUGUGUUAAUGGACAUCCAGGCUUCUACAGUUGUCACUUACGUGUAUCAGCUAAUUGGAGAUGAUGUGAAAGUAGAACGAAUUGAAUAUAAAAAGUCUUAAAAGCCAGGCCUGUCUUGCUGGGUUUUUUUUUCAUUACCGUUCAAAUCAAGUAAUUAAACGUUUAUGAGCUA